UCAAAAUGUUUUGACUUUAAGUUUAUGCUACGUCUCUCUUCAUCUUAACGAUUUAUUAGAGUCCGUUUAAUAAAAAGGCUAUUUCCCAUACCACUAAGUUCUAGUUUUUCGUCAAGCAUGUCAAUGCUAUCGUGGCUUGUAACAGACGUUGCUAAUGUUUGAAAUUUUUGUCGUCCGGGGAACUAAAAUGUUGUUGCACCAUUUUUUCUGAACAUAGGGGGUCGACAAAGCUUAAUGGCGGGGGCGUUGUAGUUAAAAUUAAAAUACCUGCAGCCUUAAACAGUUCUGUUAUUUGGAAAUAAUGGAAUAAAGAAAGUUUUAGAUAUUUUAUUGUUUUAGUAAUACGUUUUCAACCACAUUACUUUACCAACCAUCAUUUAAUUCUAAACCCAGUUGUGAAUUUCUCGUCUGGAAAAGCACCCUGCACCGUUUUAUUGCCUUUUCAGGAUGUCGCAGGAGAGCCAGCAUGGAAAGUGGACUCUGUCCAGCAGCGAUGAGGAAGACUCUGCCUUGGUACAGAGUAGGACUCAGUACUUCAGUUCAGACAACAUCCGACAGACAGACCAGCUGCUUGAGGCGAAGGAUGAGCUGGAUUUAUUCCCUUCGUCUCCUGGAUCUGAAGCUGGACAAGCCUCUAGCCCGUGGGAACCCGUGAAAACUGAAUCUCCAGGCGCGUCUGGGGAGAUGUACCUCGCCCUCAAGAGGAAGACGGAGCCGGAGGACUCUGGCUGGGCCCUCUCAAGCAGUGAUGAGGGGUCUGACUCUGAGCCAGAGAGCCAGAAACAAACCAAGACCUGUCUGCCCAGUCCCAAAAGGGUCAAGCUUGACAAGGAGAGCAGUGUGCCGGAGAGGGUGCCGUUAGCCUCACGUGAGCCAGAGGUGGAUGAGACCUUGGACACCUGGGACGUGCUGCAAGGAAGUGAACCCUUCUGCUUUUACCUCACCAAAGUGACAGGCAUAGAGAGGAAGUACAACGUGGGGGCUCUGAACAUUAAAGAUAUCCUCUCUCCUUUAUUUGGGACGCUGAAGGAAUCUGUUCAGUUUAAUUACUGUGUGGAUGUGCACUGGCUGGUGAAGCAGUACCCACCGGAGUUUAGGUAUACACCAGUGACAAUCGUCCAUGGGGAAAAACGCGGAUUCAAGAACAGACUGCAGCAAGAAGCUGAUGCUUAUGACCACGUGCACUUGUGCCAGGCCAAACUGGACAUAGCUUUUGGUACUCAUCACACGAAGCUGAUGUUACUGUUGUAUGAAGAAGGAUUUCGAAUCGUGAUUCACACAGCGAACCUGUUUGCAGCUGAUUGGUAUCAGAAGACACAGGGGAUAUGGAUGAGUCCCCUCUACCCUAAGUUACCUGAAGGCAGCCCUGCGACCGCUGGAGAGUCUCGUACUCAGUUCAAGCACGACAUCAUCGAGUACCUGGAGGCCUACCGCUCCCCCACCCUGAACGAGUGGGCCGACCGCAUCAAAGAGCACGACCUGUCAGAGACCAGAGUUCACCUUAUUGGCUCAACCCCUGGGCGAUACCAGGGAGCUAACAUGAAGAAAUGGGGGCACCUGAAACUGAGGAAGCUCCUGAGUGAAAAUACACAGCCCAUCCCCAACGCCGAGUCCUGGCCUGUUGUCGGUCAGUUCUCUAGCAUCGGCUCCAUGGGCUGGGAAAAGAACAAGUGGUUGGCCUCCGAAUUCCAAAGCUCUCUGUCAACCCUGGGGAAUGGGAAAAAGAAGGCGCUGUGCCCGGAAUCCCCUCUGCAUCUGGUGUAUCCCACAGUGGAAAAUGUGCGAACCAGUCUGGAAGGCUAUCCGGCUGGCGGAUCAUUGCCCUACAGCAUACAGACUGCACAGAAGCAACUGUGGUUGCAUUCUUACUUUCACAAAUGGUCAGCAGAGGUGACUGGCAGGAGCCAUGCAAUGCCACAUAUAAAGACUUACAUGAGGAUAUCGCCAGACUUCAAAGAACUUGCGUGGUUUCUCGUCACAAGUGCCAACCUGUCCAAGGCUGCCUGGGGUACAAUGGAGAAAAAUAAUACCCAGAUGACGGUUCGUUCUUAUGAGCUCGGCGUCCUCUUCCUGCCUUCAGCGUUUAACAUGAGCUGCUUCCCCAUCGAGAGGAGCCCGUUCCCCAGCAGCAAGAGCCCCUCUGCCUCCUUCACUGUUCCCUUCGAUCUGCCACCUGAGCACUAUUCCAGCAAAGAUCGCCCUUGGAUUUGGAAUAUCCCAUAUACCCAAGAAACUGACAUAAAUGGAAACAUCUGGGUGCCAUCGUAAGCGUAAGGAAAACCUGUUCGAACCCCGCCAGUGCCAAGGUUCAGAGAAAGGACAUUGAGGGAGGUGUGACGAUUUGGAAGAAGAGGAAUCUCGGCCUUUCUGAGCUGUGCCCUGCAACCUCUUCCUCUUCCAGGAUUAAGAGUACUGGGAACUGCUGACAUUGACUUUGAAGUUAGUCCUGCAGCUGAAGCUUAUUUUAAAUAGGAGGGUAAUAUGUGUAGAUUCUCUUAUUUAGCUUGUUGUGUAUUGCAAACAUGGUGCUAUUCUAACUCAUAAUGAUUGUUUUGUGUAGCUCUGUAAACCUUGUUCUGCAGUUAUUGGAUGAAAAGGGAAAACUCCAAACUACACAGGAAUGCAUUGUUGUUAACUGAUCAUGAAAUAUACAGAGAUUAUCCCUGUUUUCAUCAGAAAAACAGCCUGGUAAACUAGUCUUUUUCGAGUUUUUCUAAACGUAUUAUCUGAUUGGUGCUGACAUUUGAUGUCAUAUCAUGCCAGCUCGGCAUUGUAGGUUCUUUUAUAAAGACUUUCCAACCACUGUGUAUCUAUUAGAUAUUUCCAAAAAAGUUACUUUACCAUUGUCGUUCUUACUGUUAUGUUAUGUCUAAUUAAUUAAUCUUUAUAUAAUUGUUAGUGUCUUUAAAAAAUAGCACAGUCUAGUAUUAAUGUUUUAGAUUAAAAUUAACAAAUGCUAGUUAUUAUUGGCAUCUUUGUGUGUAAAUAAAGGUAUGCUCUU